CUCAUCCCUCCCUCUUCACAAUGUGCAGUACUCAGAUCCUGCUGCAGCAGAUAUAAUGGAGCAUCCCUCCUCCUCUUGCUGAAGCAAACCCUUUUUUCUCCUUUAAUUUUCCCCAAUUCUGCUUUCUUUGAUCCAUUUAGCAAAGAAGGCUAACAGAGGAGGAGGGGAAAAGAGGGAGGCAAAGCAUAGAUCCCCCAACUGUAGCAGCUACAAAGACAGGGGGGUAGCAAGGUGGAGAGGGGGGAGAUCCCAUUUUGCUACCUAGAUCAAUCUCCCUCUCCCCCCUCAGCCUGGCUUGCAAGAGCCAUGAAGAAAAUGCAGAUGGAUGAAUAGCCAACGAAGAAGAAGAAGGAGAAGAUAGAAAAGGAAGAAAUCUGCCUUGCUCCCAGUUUUGAAUUCCGGAUCGGAUGCCCAUUUUCUGGAUUGAUGCUACAGAAAAGUGAGAGGAUUAGCCUCUCUGCCUCCUUAUACCCAAUUCCCUCAUCUCCUCUCUCCUGUUUUGGGGGAGAUAUCCUUCCUCUUUCUUUUUCAUGCAGGAAGAAUCACCAAUCAUAUUUUUGAUAGCUGGAUUUUUUCCUUUAAGGGGUUGCAGAAUUUUGUAGCCAUCCCCCCAUCCCCUAUCCCUCUCCCCCUCCAUCCUCACCCCCUCCCCUCCAUGGUCCAGGUGGAAAUGUUGAGUCUGGGGAGAGAGAGCUGGAUUGGAGCAAUUCUCUCAUAUUUGGCCACCCUUCUGCUAGUCUGCUCUGCACAAAGCCCACCUUCUGGGAAUAUUUCAGUAGUGAAGAAAACAGUGGACAAGUUGUUGAAGGGAUAUGACAUCCGUCUACGACCAGACUUUGGAGGUGAUCCAGUUUCUGUGGGGAUGAGUAUACAUAUCUCAAGUAUUGACCAAAUAUCUGAGGUCAACAUGGACUACACCAUCACCAUGUAUUUCCAGCAAAGUUGGCGUGAUAAGCGCCUGGCCUAUACCGCUCUCCCUCUCAAUCUCACAUUGGAUAAUCGUGUGGCUGAUCAGCUCUGGCUCCCUGACACUUACUUCCUGAAUGAUAAAAAGUCUUUCCUGCAUGGGGUCACUGUCAAGAACCGGAUGAUCCGACUGCACCCAGAUGGCACAGUCCUCUAUGGAUUGAGAAUCACAACCACAGCUGCCUGUAUGAUGGAUUUACGGAGAUAUCCCUUGGACCAGCAAAACUGUACAUUGGAAAUAGAGAGCUAUGGAUACACAAUAGAUGAUAUUAAGUUUUUCUGGCAGGGAGGCGAAGAAGCAGCAGUCACAGGGGUAUCUGCUCUGGAGCUGCCACAGUUCACCAUUAUUGAGACCAGACUGGUAUCCAAGAACGUCGUAUUUACCACUGGUUCCUACCCUCGACUAUCACUAAGUUUCCGAAUUAAGAGGAACAUCGGAUAUUUCAUUCUUCAAACUUACAUGCCAUCAGUCUUGAUCACCAUUCUUUCUUGGGUGUCAUUCUGGAUCAACUAUGAUGCAUCAGCUGCUCGAGUGGCACUAGGGGUGACAACAGUGCUUACUAUGACAACCAUUAACACCCACUUGCGGGAGACACUUCCCAAGAUUCCGUAUGUUAAGGCUAUUGAUGUCUAUCUGAUGGGAUGCUUCGUCUUUGUGUUCCUGGCACUGUUGGAAUAUGCCUUUGUUAACUACGUAUUCUUUGGCCGUGGUCCCCAGCAGCAAAAAAAGCUCAAUGAACGAACAAGCAAAGCAAAUAAUGAGCGCCAUCGCUAUGAAGAGAGAAGAGCACGAGAGCAGGUUGACCCCUACGGGAAUAUUCUUCUGAGCACCCUCGAUAUGAGCAGUGAGUUAAUGUCAGCUGAAAUGGGAAGCAGUCUGGGUGAUUCCCGGAACUCAGUCCUGUCGUAUGACACCUCAGGGAUCCAGUUCCGCAAGCAGCUAACCUCAAGGGGAGAUGGCUUUGGCCACACACCCUUGGAGCGCCAUGUGCCCAUGACAGCCGCCCGUGGACGUGCCAACUGCCGCCUUCGGCGACGCUCCUCCAAAUUAAAGCUUAAGAUCCCAGACCUAACAGAUGUCAGUACCAUCGACAAAUGGUCCAGGAUCAUUUUCCCCAUCACCUUUGGAUUUUUUAACCUGGUGUACUGGAUGUACUACGUCAACUGAGGCUUUUCCAUUGCCCCACCUUCCCCCCUGAACCGCGCACCCACAAUCCUGCCACAGGACACAAGCUUUGCUGGAGUCUCUCACCCCCUCCUGCUUCAUGGUUUGAUUUUUGUACCGAGGAGGGAAGGAUUCACUAUAUCCUGGAGGGAGGGGGCAGGAGAAUUGCACUUUUUUGCCAUAUUUUUUCACCAAAUUCCCACUUUUUUGCCUGCAAAUGGAGAAAGCGAUUAGUUUUUUUCUGUUUUGUUUGUUUUAUUUUUUAAUUAUUUGGGAUAUUAGUUGGGGAAACUUCUUUCUGAAGACUUUACUAUUAGCAGGAUUAAAACAAGCCUUUAUGUAAGAAAGAUCAUUCAGGGAGUAAAUACAGGAAAGAAGGAAAGGUGAAUGUGGGGAAUGGGGAAAUGGAAAGAUAAUGUUUUAUAAAUGCCGGUUAGAAACCUUUACACUUUCAUUGCUAAAUUUGCUGCAGAGCUAUACUGUAUAUAUGUGUGUGUCUGGUGCAGAGCAGUUUGUACUUGCAUGCAGAUGAAAGCUCUGUGGAGCAAUACAUCUCUCUGCAGCACAAUCUAUAUCAGUUUGCACACCUUCUCUGAGGGAUUUGUGUCUGCUACAUUUUACUUUUGAAAAUGCUACCCUCAGAUUUGUUCAAACAGAGAAUAUGAAAAUGGACUGAAUCUUGAAUUGUCACUUAAGGAGUGCCAAAAUUAUUUAAAAAAACAAAAAAACAACAGGGAACAGGAGAUGGCCUACUUACAGAUGUGCCAACAUUUAACUAAAAUUAGAUUAAAAGGUAAAAUUAUAAGGAACCCAGGAAUACUUUCAAAAGUAUUUUAUUCUAAAACACUUGUUCAAUUGAGAUCCAAUAAAAUAAAGGAUAUAUAUAUAUAUAUAUGUGCUCUUCCAUGAAAACAAAGAGUACAGUAAAGAAUUGAAUGUAAAAUAUAAGACAUUUCCUAUUGUAGGUAUUUUUACUAAAAUGCAAUUGCCAAAUUUUGAAAGCAAUAGUUAAUACAAGCAUAAAGAAUCGAAAGAGCAUGCUCAGCUUGAACUGUCACAAUUCGGUUCUGCACUUAACGAAUGGAAAGUUCUAAAACUUGACAGUGAACUGUCUGAAUAUGACUUUUUUUUGCAUUUGUCCUAGAAGAAAAUACUAGUACUAAUCUACAGUGUUUGUAGAACCUAAAGUAGUGUUAACACCGAACAUAUAAACUGUAAGUCAAAUACAUAAAGUGCCAAGAUUAAACCACAUUGGCUCAGGGAAACGAGAGGUGCCAAAUCUACAACAGAGCUAGAACCGUUCCUGAAAUAAACAUACAACCAAAUGUGAAAUUAGUUCUGGAUCUAGCAUUGUCUGAGAAUUUAAAAUAUGGAGCCAUGACUUGAAAAAAAAAAUAGAAAACUUGAAUGCUAAUGUAAUAUUAAUAUACCAGAUAUAGACAUUGAAUUGUAAUAGGCAGAACAAAAGGCAACACAAAAAGACAUACAAACCUGUUAUUAUCCAGCACUAAAUUAUUUCAGGAUAGAACUACAAAGGAUAAAAUGAAUAGGGAAAUAAUCUGUAAAGCACUCACAGUUCUAGUCCUACUUCAGUAUGUUCAUGGGCAGAUGGAACAGAUGUUAAACCUAAUAUUGGACUGCAUAUUAGAAACUGACAUACCUUUUUCACUUACUGGGUAAUUCUACAUGUCCAUAGCUGUUUCACAUUCUGCCAAAAUGACGGUAUCAUCUUAUCUAUUUUCUCUGUAUGCCACUGUGACAUUUGCAGUCAUAAGUAACUAUAACUUAAUAACUAUCACUUAAUUUUUAAAAAUAUUAUUUCAUUAGAUGUAGGGCCUUAUUUAUCCAAAUUUAUAUAUAAAUUAGUAUUUCAAUUAAAAAAGUCCAACCAAUCUGGAAUCCAUGAUGUGACCAUGUUUAUUAAUAAGAAAAACCAAGAUUUAAUCGGAUCAGGGACAAACACGAUAAAAUCGAACGAAAAUCCAAAUUGUAUAAUCUUUUCUGAGUUUUUUUCUGAAUCGCUAGUUUUUUUUAGGCUGUUUCCCGAAAAGCCCAAAUUUUUCGAAUUUGUGGCUGAAAAGUCUGAGAUAGUCAGAUUUUUAGGCUAAUUUCAGUGCAGACCACAGAAACUUCCAAACAAGAUAGGGACCUCUCCCAUUGAUUUAUAUACAACCUCUGAGAUGCCGGAUUUCAGAUUCAGACUUUUUCCAUCCUCGAGGUAUAAAAGAUCUCGAAAAAUUUAAUUUUCUCAAGCUUUUGGCAUUCGAACUUUAAUAAAUAACCCUCUUAAACUUACCCUCAACACAUACCCCCACACACAUUUUGACUUAUUCCACAGAAAACAAAAAAUUUAAUAUAUCAAUUUAUUCUAUAAUGUCAUUUUGUCCUUUACUUUGAUGAACGUCCUACAAGAGCCUUUAUCACUAUCCAACAAAUUAGCAAUUAAAUAUAAUAAACUAUAAGGGGAAAGAUAUACAGAAGAAGCCUCGUUUUACGUUUUUAUUCCAGAAAAAAAUGGAGUAAAAAUCCGGGAUAAUUUGGUGGGACCACAAAUAAAAGAUGUAAAAUGAGGGGA